AUGUUUGUGACGUUUGCUUUGCCAAGCUUUUUCUUGCUGGGUCUACUUGUUAUUUAUCAAACAAAUGGAAAAAAUGUUACUUUUAUUCCACAGUCAAUUCGAAUAACAGUCGCUGAUCUACCACAACCAUAUGCUUCAGUAUCAGCACAAAAAUCAGCUCGAGUUGUCUCCAUACCUUCAGAUCCACUUCUCUAUGUUGCUGAAGGAUUUACAGUUAAGGUAUAUAUGACUGGACUAACAGCACCACGUUAUCUUAUCUAUACACCAACAGGCGAUAUUCUUGUUAGUGAACCAUCUGCAAAUCGAAUCUCUUGCCUAGUUGAUAAUAAUCAUGAUGGUUAUCCUGAUGAACGUUUAACAUUUGCUGAUGCAUCAAAUGGACUUAGUUCACCAUUUGGUAUGACUUUUAUCAAUGGAUAUUUCUAUGUAGGAAAUAAAGAUGCUACUCGACGAUAUUUAUGGACAUCAGGAAGUCGAAAUAUAAAAGGAACAGGUGAAAUUAUUAUGAGUUAUCCACAAACUGGACAUUCAACUCGAACUGUUGUUAUGGAACCAAAUGAUAAUCGAUUAUUGGUUAGUAUUGGUUCAGAAUCUAAUGUUAAUGUUGAACCAUCACCUCGUGCAUCUAUUCAACAAAUUAAUCUUAAUGGUAGUAAUCAAACAACAUUUGCAUCUGGUCUUCGAAAUCCAGUUGGUUUAGCAUUUCAUCCAAUAACAAAUGAUUUAUAUGUUGCAUGUCAAGAACGAGAUGAACUUGGUGAUGAUUUAGUACCUGACUUCUUUACACGAGUUCAACAAAAUGAUUUCUAUGGAUGGCCAUAUGCUUAUAUGAGUUCAAAUUUAACGGAUCCACGACGACGUCUUAGUAAUGGAACAAGUGAACGACCUGAUUUAGUGUCGAUUACAAAAACACCUGAUGUUUUAUUUCAAGCUCAUUCAGCUGUUCUUGAUAUGCGUUUCUAUACAGGUAAUCAAUUUCCUGAUCGAUAUCGAAAUGGUGCUUUUGCUGCAUUACAUGGUUCAUGGAAUCGAAAUAAUGGAACUGGAUAUAAAAUAGUAUUUAUUCCAUUUGAUAAAAAUACAAACCGACCAAUAGGAUCAUAUGAAGAUUUUGUAUAUGGAUUUUUAACAAAUCCAACAGGACCAGAUACAUUUGGACGUCCAGUUGGAAUACUUGUUUUAAAAGAUGGAAGCUUAUUAUUUAGUGAAGAUGGAAAUGAUCGUAUUUACCAAGUACAAUACAAUAAGAAUUCUACCACUAUGAAUAAAAAAUAA